GUGUCAGUUUAAAAGGUUCAACCAACAAAGGUACAGCUGCAUCUACAUACGGUUAUGGCAAGAAGGACGAGCUAGAAGAACCAAAGUCAGCCCUGCGAAUGACACCGACGGCGAAAAAACUGUCCUCUCGGGAAAUGGAUCUAAUGAAUAUAAGUCGUCCGUCUGAUGACCUUACACAGUCGAAUGGCUUCAAAGAUAAAGAUCCAGACUGCCAAAGUGGUUCAGACACAGAGGAAGAACCGUUGCUCAGAGAAAACCCCAGACGGUUUGUCAUCUUCCCCAUCCAGUACCCCGACAUCUGGAAGAUGUACAAGCAGGCGCAAGCCUCUUUCUGGACGGUGGAGGAGGUUGAUCUAUCCAAAGACCUGGCACACUGGGACCGCUUGAAACCCGAAGAGAAACAUUUCAUCUCCCAUGUCCUCGCCUUCUUUGCUGCCAGUGAUGGCAUCGUCAAUGAGAACCUGGUGCAGAGGUUUAGCCAGGAGGUGCAGCUCCCUGAAGCACGCUCCUUCUACAGCUUCCAGAUCCUCAUAGAGACUGUUCAUUCAGAGAUGUAUAGCAUGCUCAUCAACACUUACAUUAGGGACCUGAAGGACAGGGACUAUUUGUUUAACGCCAUUCAGACCAUGCCCUGUGUGAAACGAAAAGCAGACUGGGCCCUGCAGUGGAUAAAUGACAGCAAAUCCACAUUUGGCGAGCGAAUUGUGGCUUUUGCAGCUGUGGAGGGAAUCUUCUUCUCUGGCUCAUUCGCUGCCAUCUAUUGGCUCAAGAAGAGAGGCCUAAUGCCCGGGCUUACUUAUUCCAAUGAGCUGAUAAGCAGGGAUGAGGGCCUGCACUGUAACUUUGCCUGCCUGCUGUACAGCUACCUGGUGAGAAAGCCAUCAGAGGACAGAGUGAAGGACAUCAUCACCAAAGCUGUUAGCAUUGAGCAGGAGUUUUUGACAGAGGCCUUGCCAGUGGAUCUCAUUGGAAUCAACAGCUGUCUGAUGAAACAGUACAUCGAGUUUGUGGCUGACCGGCUUCUCACUGACCUCGGACUGGCUAAGGUUUACCAAGCAGAGAAUCCUUUCGACUUCAUGGAGUCCAUUUCACUAGAGGGGAAAACCAACUUCUUUGAGAAACGAGUAGCAGAGUAUCAGAGAUUUGGAGUUAUGUCGAGCAUGAUGGACUGUGAAUUCACAUUAGAUGCAGACUUCUGAAACUGAGAUGACAUUCAGUUACAUGCCUGUUACAUUUGACCUAUAUAUUUAUUUGUUUUAUACAGUUGUUGGCAAGAGAAACCCCAACAGAUUAAAGCAACAUUAGUUGGAAUUACAUCUUGAGUAAUUAAUUAGCAACUAAUACAGUUUGCAAAGUGGAAAAAAGUUCAGAUAAUGCCUAUUUUUGACAGUGCAGAACAGGUAAACCCCCAGUUUUGGUUAAUAACAAUAAUAUAAAUAUAAAUAUGAAAAAAUGAGUGAGGUGACAAGGAGCAGCUAUUUUGUUACUUCAUUUUACACUAAAAAAAUAAAUAACUAAAUUCUAUUUUAUUGAGUGUACAGGUCUGGGUGCUGGCUUACAUGGUGAACGGUUUUAGGAUUUUGUCAUUUUUAAUGUAAAAUAAAAUUUUCUAAAAUAAAA